AUGACUAAAAUUGAGAUUUCAGACGAAUUCAACCCACCUUCGUCGCCGCUCACUUCCCUUCCUCCUUCAGAUGCAGAAGGCGAGGACAAUCUACAAGAUUAUCAGUUCUCUCGCCACCAACCUACCAGCGAUAAUGCGGUACCAGGUUGUGGGGCAAUUUCUGCUGAUCGGUUAUCCUCUCCUUUGACCUCACUCCCUCCUUCCGAUGUGGAAGAUUAUCCAACAUCGGGUCAAAAUAAGUGUAAGCGUGAUCAAUCGGCUACCACCAACAAGGAAUCAAUUGAUUAUCGACCUACAAUAUCAAAGAGACGCAAACGAUCGAAAACACAGAACGGCACUCUGAUAGCACCUGACCAAUCAGCUACUACCAAGAAGGAAUUGAUUGAUAAUACAACUACGUUAUCAAAGAAACGCAAGCAAUCAAAGACAAACAGCAAGCAACUUCUAACGCCUGAAGAGAUCGCACUUGACGAAUCAGACGCAGAGGAUGAAGAUUAUCAACCUAACCUACAACUUGAAGAAGACAAAUCAGACGACAUAAGAACAGGAGACCCUACUGGUGAAUCUCGAUCUAGACCAGGUCCUUCAGCCAACAACUCAAGGCAACCCGCUCCUCCAACAAACACCGAUUCCAACGCUAGGAAGAGAACACGCACUACCCAAACAGUUGCACCUCGCAAUCCCAUCACAACAUCACUAACCCUUGAAAACUAUUCAACCAAUGGUCGACAGCUUGGAAGACCCGCGCUGGAGAAGUUGUUGAACGAUCCAAAACGCAAGACUCAGAAUCGCCCCCCAUCAAACAUUCUAGCUGAAGCUCAGGCACUACAGGGUUAUUAUACAAUGGAUAAGAUGAGUCUCUCUCUGGUUGGAAACACCUCGCUUGCAACUCUGGAAUCCGCACUCUUUGAAGGACCUAUAUCGCGCGACCGCAAUGGCUACACAACGUGGAUGAGUUACAGCCUGGCCAACACAGCGGAAAUCUCAAUGCCUGCAGGGAGACAACCCGAGGGUUUUGCAGAACACAAUCAAAACUGUCGCAAGUGGACACAACUGACCAAUACUGAAAAAGAGAUAUUUCAGCCAAAACUAUUUGAAAAGCUAGCCUACGCACAUUUCUCAGAGAUUGCCACACCAGUUUCCCAAGAAGAACGUGCAUCCGAUCAAGAGAUAACUGAAUACAUGCCUCAUUUCACUCAACUCGCCAAUCUCACGAAGGUAUCCACACAUCUCAAAAGCGGUGUGCUGGGCCAGACAAUAGCAAAGUCUCUUGCCGUCAUUGAAAAGCGGGGUCGUGAAGAGAUCGGAAAAGUAGCUAUCCAGCUCCAAAGUAUAUAUAAACGCUUUGGCAUUCAUUCGCACCUUCUGGUUGCCAGCUGGAACCCAAAGACCAAGCUAGACGAUCCCAUGUGGAAUCCCGAAUAUACAACGUGUCCUCGAUGGGCCAAAUAUGCUAAAAAGAACCACCACCUUGCUAGGGACUUUGCCAUUCGAUCUACUGCCGCGCAAAUUGAAAGCACCGAUAACAAACAAGUCAGUAAUGUCAACAACAAAACACCCCAGGAAUCCAUGAGGGCAAAGCUCAGCAACUUGCUGAAUCACGAGAUAAGUACGUGA